AAAAGCUUCAAGGAAACAACUCUUGCCCAAACGCUGAGCGUUUCAGCUCAAUGAUCACGAGAUGUCACCAGACGAGAUCCUUACCUAGAUAUGGAUCCCCACCAGAUGUGAAGGAGCAGCAGCUGCGGGCGGUCGCAACUGUGGCAGACUUGCGGCGUGCACUGAAGCUUUCCAAUGAGCGCCGCAGCCAAGACUGCAAGAACUAUGCUCCUGAGCGUUUUUUCAGCGCCAAGGAUACAGGGCGAGCUCACGUUUGCGAAUCAGAAGUGAGUCUGACGCAGGCUGUGGUUGUCCCGGCCAAGAUGCAAAUUGCUGUCCAGCGCAUUCGUCGUCGCCACAAACCGAAGAAGAAGAUUGCUUGUCCAACUACAAUUCGCGUGGGAAGGCUACUGCCCAGCGUCCAGGAAUGUUUGAACAAGUUCUGGAGCGAUGAGGUGAACUCGGACGACUUGUUGAGGAUGCGGGUGGUCUUCCGCUCUAUGUCAGAGGACGGUCUGCAUGUUUUGUGCGACGAUCUUCCAGAGCUUAUGAUGCGAUGUGGCUUUCACACCCUUUCCGAAGAGAAGUGCAAGAAACUGGUGCAAGAGGUCACUGUAUUUGACUACAUGGAUUUUCAAGACUUUACCGACUUUAGUGAAAAAGCAAUCCUUGAAGAACGGAAGGGCUAUCGACAGCUGCUCAAGACCUGGGAGCCAAACAGCUGCGACAAUUUCGUGGAUCCGGUUGACAAUGUAAAGAGUUUUAUGAAGAUGCUCAAGGUAAUUUGUACACGUAAGAGCGUGCUGGACAUUUUGGAUGUUGCUGGAUUGAAGGCGCGGACUUGUAUCUUUUUCCAGGGAACUUUGAAAGGCAAAAAGCGGCAAAGGCACCUCAGUCCCUGGCAGGAUGAGCCUUGCAAUUCCCCUCAAGAAAUGCUCCGUUUUCUGGCCGCCUACCAAGCUUGUGAGGGCUUCAGCAAGCAGGAAGUUUCUUCUUUGCGAGCAGCGUUCAAGAGUUGUGAGGAGAAGCCUCAUGCUGUCGGGCCUGAAGGCCGUUUGAUCGAUCCCAAGAGUCUCAGCUUCGGCCUUUUGCGAUUUGGUGGCAUUUACUUUGUUGAAGCCUGGCGGGCAAUGAAGCACUAUCAAAAGGCCAGCGCUGCCGGUGUUUCCUUCUACGAAUUCUUGGUCUGUGCACGGCGAGUGCGCGAAACGCAGCUACAGCAGGUGGCUGAGUACGUUGAGACAAUCUGCGGAGAGGGUGAGAACUUUAUUGAGGAGCUCAGAUCCCUAUGUCGCCCACUUGGCUUCACCUUGCAAAAGGUCGAAGUGGUAGAGAUAUGCCAAGAAAAAGGCAUUGGCCUUGAUGGACCAUUGUCUUUGGACUGUGCGUGGGACUUCGCUGAGCAUGUGCGAAGUUGUCAUGGUUUCAGAAAGGCUGAACAGGCCGAGCUAGUACAGAGCUUCUUGAAGUUUUCGCAGGGAGAGGCUGAGCUGGCAGUGCUUAAAAUCUUGGAGUUGCUUAAUUGGUUAGGACUUGGUGGAGCGCUUGAAGAAGCUCAUCAGAUGUUGAGACAGGUGGACUUCAAUGACAACGGUGUUUUGGACGAGACCGAAUUCUUGCGUCUCAUGAGACUGCAGAAGGAGAGAAAUCUUGUUUCCUACACAUCAGCAUAUUGCAGACUUCACCUUGGUGAUGCUAUCACAAGAAGUCGGAUUUUUGCUGCCUUGGCAGAAUGCGAUAUUUUUACAGAGAACCAUCUUUUGGAGGUAAUCACACUGAAGCACGGCAUCAAGACAGCUUCAGUGAAUUUCAGCCACGCGGGCGUACGAAGGGGCAGCGGAAAGCAGCCAGGGAUUUCAUGGGAUACCUGGGUGAUCCUGGCUGAGGAGGCACGAAAGGUGACUCCUGUUUGGAAGCGUCGCAGUGCUUCUUUCAAGGAGGCAGAAGUGUCCGAGCUUCGGAAGGCUUUUGGUGCUGAAGAAGUGCCGGUGAGCGAUCUCAUUUGGAUGCUUCUUGAUUCAGG